ACGGCCAGGGCCGGGCGGACCGCGGUGAACGAGCACUUCCGUCGGACACACGCGCUUCCGGCUGCGUGGGACCAAUCAGAGCUCGGUCGCGGUGUUUCCUCGCAGGCGUCCGGGCGGAGGUUGCUCCUGGAGGACUAGGGCGGCUUGGCCUUAGAGCCUGACAGCAACAUCCAUGUCAGAGAUUUCCAUCUAGAGCAGUAACUCCCACUUCUCGUCAUGGACACAGCCGAGAAGACGGAAGUGGUUCUCCUAGCCUGCGGUUCUUUUAAUCCAAUCACCAACAUGCACCUCAGGCUUUUCGAGCUGGCCAAGGACUACAUGAAUGCAACAGGAAAAUACAAAGUUAUCAAAGGCAUAAUCUCACCUGUUGGUGAUGCAUACAAGAAGAAAGGGCUCAUCCCAGCCCACCACCGGGUUAUCAUGGCAGAACUUGCCACCAGGAACUCACACUGGGUGGAAGUGGACACAUGGGAAAGUCUUCAGAAGGACUGGGUGGAGACUGUGAAGGUGCUCAGACACCAUCAGGAGAAGCUGGCAGCUGGCAGCUGCGAUCACCCACAAAGCUCACCUGCUCUGGAAAGGCCUGGGCAGAAGAGGAAGUGGACUGAACAGAAGCAAGAGUCCAGCCAAAAGAAGCCCCAGGAGCCCAAAGCAACAGGUGUGCCCAGGGUGAAAUUGCUGUGUGGAGCAGAUUUACUGGAGUCUUUCAGUGUGCCCAACUUGUGGAAGAUGGAGGACAUCACACAAAUCGUGGGCAACUAUGGGCUCAUAUGUGUCACUCGGGCUGGCAGUGACGCUCAGAAGUUCAUCUACGAGUCUGAUGUCCUGUGGAGACAUCAGGACAACAUCCACCUGGUGACUGAGUGGGUCACCAAUGACAUCUCCUCCACCAAGAUCCGGAGAGCUCUCAGGAGGGGACAGAGCAUCCGAUACUUGGUACCCGACCUCGUGCAAGAGUACAUUGAGAAGCACAGUUUGUACAGCUCCGAGAGUGAGGACAGGAAUGCUGGGGUCACCCUGGCUCCUCUGCAGAGGAACAUCGCAGAAGCUAAGCACAGGCAGUCCACAUUGUGACACUGUGCAUGACGCCACAUGCUCUUCUGCAGGUCCAGCUCAAGCUGCUGUUAGGAACUCAGGGAAGGGAUUGACAUCCUGUUUCACAAACUUAAGUUUAAACGUUUGAUUAAAACCAACAGGGGAUUAAGAUCAGUAGCUAAGAUGAAUAUUAUAAAAAGGCCAUUUGAAAAAAAACAAUGUAAUUCAUCUCUAAAAUAGCUCAUUUCAUUUUCUAAAAUGGAAAAGUUUCAAUAAUGCUAACUCCAAAUAAGUUUUUCAAGAAAGGACACCAUGGCCUUACCACACAAGAAAAGCAAAUGUGAAAAGCAAGUCCACUCAAAAGCCUUACUUAAGCAGGGCGGUGGCGCAUACCUUUAAUCUCAGAACUUGGGAGGCAGGCAGGCUGAUCCCCACAUGUUUGAGGUCAGCCUGGUCUACAGAGCAAGUUCCAGGACCGCCAUGGCUACACAGAGAAACCCUGUCUACAAAACAAAACAAGCCUCACUUUAGGGGCUGGAGAGAUGCUCCGAGGUUAAGAACACUCGAUGCUCUUCCAAAGGACCCAGAUUCACCUCCCAGCACCUACAUGGCAGCUCACAACUGCCUGUAACUCCAGUUCCAGGGGACCUGAUGUCCUCUCUGGCCCCAGUGGGCUCGAAGCACACACAUGGUGCAUAAUACAUGCAGGCAAAACACCCACACACAAAGAGAAGGAAAAAGGAAGAAAAGUCUUACUUUAGCAGGCUCAGUGAUACACCCCUGUAGCCCCAGCGGCACCCGGAGUUGAGGUAGGGGAAUCAGUUUGAACCCAGGAGUCCGUGAUGACCCUAGAUAAUGUAGACCUUUUUUCUUUUUUUCUUUUUUUUUUUUUUUGUUUUGUUUUUCAAAACAGGGUUUCUCUGUGUAAUAGCCCUCGUUGUCCUAGAACUCAUUCUGUAGACCAGGCUGGCCUUGAAUUCAGAGAUCUGCCUGCCUCUGCCUCUGGAGUACAGGGAUUAAAGGCGUCCACUGCCCAGCUAGACCCUUUCAAAGAAACAAAAUGAAAUCCUAGCAUUAGUUAUGAAGAGGAUUGACAUGUUUGCGCUUGGUGCCAGCCAUCUUUAUCCAGGAUAGACAAAGAAGAAAUUCUUUAAAACAUGACCUUGGCUUGGCAUGUAGAUCUGGUAGAGCAUUUGCCUAGCAGGCCUGAGGCCCUGGGUUAAAUUUCCAGUACCACGUGAGCUAGGCAUGGCAUUGCACCACCAAUAGUCCUGGAACGGGGAAGAUGGAAGCAGAAGGAUCAAAAGUUCAAGGUCAUCCUUGACAACAGCAAGUUUGAGGCCAUCAAGGGAUGCUGAGGACCCUGUCUCAAAAUAGAUAAGUGAUCCUGUGAGAUGCACCAGUGACCAGCGAUCCUCCAGCUCUUCAAAAUGAAGUCAGAAUAUACCACCGUUCUAGCUCCUCAUCACAGCAGCUGAGUAACGGCUGGCUGGACGGCUCAUCCGAGAGCACCUCCUGCCACGCCCUGCAACCUGACUUCAAGCUCCAGGACCCACAGAGUUCCCCAGUUACCUUCUGACCUCGACACAGGCAUGCACACAUGGAUUAAAUAAUAAGAAGAGCUGACUAAGCUUUGCCAGAUUCGUCUGCUUGAAUACACACCGCUGGAAGCAGGGUGUGGGCUUGGAGACGGGUUGGGGCCCUCUGUCCUCAAAUGCCCAUCGGGACAGGCAGGCACUGCCUUAUGCGUUCUCUUAGCACAGCCUUGUUGCUGACCCAGUUUCAUCUUUAACUUUGGGGACAACUUCAGAUAAGAUGUCACAAAGCCUCUGAGAGACCCACAAAAGAUGAAUGGACCCAUUUAAGGAUUUUAAAAGUAUAAAUGCUCAACCUUUAUAUUUUUACAAUUAAAGAUGAACAAAACUCUUCAGAAGUGAGGAACGGACUGGGUCAGCUCCAGGAGCUCUUGGAUGGCUGCUUGGUGGAUGAAAGCCCCACACCCUGCAUCUGAAACUGGCAAGUUCCAGAGCUCCGGGCCUCUGCCCUUGCUGAGGGAAUCUGCAUUCCCAAGUCUGCAGAGAGGAUCCCUUGCCUCCUCCUGUUUCUGGUUUUAGCCCUGUGGCCUAAUAACUGAAAUUACAGUUUUUGCUAAAGCA